AUGGCUGCUUUUUAUGUAAGUAACGAUGAUGAUGCGGACGAUGAUUCCGACUCAGCGAGUGAUUCCAGUUAUACUAUACGGAGAAGAAGCGCUACUGUAUCACCUGCUGCCAAAAAACGAUAUCGCCAUUCCUCUAAAACUAGAAGACGAUCCGAUGUAAACCUUAAUUUAUCGAACAAAAAUUCCUUCUUGCAGCAUCAUCCAACAGGUAAUCUAUGUUUGCUCAAUUUUUUCGAAGUCCGAGCAAAAGCACAUGUCGAAGCGAUACGAAAAUUGAUCAAUUCAUUUCCUAUCCAAGCAUCGCCCUCCGAUCAAAAUCAAAAUGAUAAUGCAUGGCAUGAUGAAGCUGAAAAUAUGCCGGAACUUGUUUCUGACAGUGAUGUGGAUAUAAUUCAAACAGAUAUUGAAGAGUUGCGUGAUGCUGCGAAAAGUAUCCAAUCAUUGAAAAGGGUUCUUAAAAUCCCCUCUGAAAUAGCCACAAAAGGAAUUUCGAAUAAUAUACCUGGAACGGGAAGUAUUCGAUGUUCCGGAAUUGCUUCAAGAAUUGGUGGACAUCCGCGUGGUGUUAUUCAGUUUCUUCCAUCAGUUAAACAACGACAAAUAUUACCGGCCUUAGAUACAUAUCGAUGGAAUAAAAAUAACAAUGAUCUGGUCAUUGCAAAAAAAAAUAUAUUUCGACGAAAAACUUCACUUCCUGAAACAUAUCUAACAUUUAGUCAACUUCUCAAAGUGUGCCUUAUUCUUUGGUGGUAUUCGGAUAUUCUUUCUUCUUUCUUCGUUGUGGUUCAGUAUGCAAGGUACCUGUGGCUCUUUUGUGUAUCAUAUAUCAUAAUUCCACCCACUGGUUGUCUUGGUUCCACAACUCUUAGCACAAUCCCAGUAAUCCAUUUGCCAUCUGAUAUUCCUGGUUCCUCAACAUUUGAUGCGCCUUAUUCGGGUGACAUCAGAGCCGGCAUAACUCUAGUUGCGAUAUUCUCAUGUCUUUUGGUAAUUCGAGCCAAAGUGUUGUCUCCACAAUCUACGUCAAUCGCUUGCCCACCGUCAACCACUAGACUACAGAAACUCUUGGUACACAAUGCAGAUGACUUGAUAAAUCGAACUGGCAGUGCAAGAACAAGUCGCCGACAAUUAAGAAAUGACGAUGAUAAGGAUUUAUUCACUGUAAAUAAUCCGGAACUGUUGCAAUCAAAAGGUGUUAAUUCAUUGGCUGGUUUUAAUAGAUUCUCUAAAUUAUUAGAUUCGCUUCGUUCAAACGAUCAAAAUUCAUCGGAAAAUCAGUUUUCUAGAUCAUGGAAACCAUCAGAACCCAUUGAACUACAUCAGUCGCUUUUACAAGCUGAUUUGUUAUUAUGGAGGAAACGAUCUCGAGCUUCUUUACGGCGGCAUAACGACAUACGAAACAUGGCUAUACGGGAAUUUCAUGACACUGAAAAAAAUUUCGUUGAAAGCCUUGAAUAUCUUGUACAGAAAUAUAUGCGACCUCUUCGACAACCUUUAGAAUGCAUUUUAAUCGAUGGAGCACUUGCUGAUAAAAUAUUUUACAUGGUUCCAGAAAUCUUGAUUCACCAUCAGCAUUUUCUCGCAGCUUUGAACGAUCGUUUGGAAAAAUUUCAAUCUGACACAUGCUUCGGUGAUAUACUGUUAGCACAUUUUCGUAAACAAUCAAUGAUAGAGACAUAUAUGGCAUUCGUUGAUAACUUUACAUUAGCCAAACAAGCGAUUAUUCAAGCAAGGACCAAGCCGUCUUUUGAAAAAUAUUAUAUGCGUUGUUGCCGAGAUCAUAAAAACAAAAUCGAUCUUGAUUCUUUGCUUAUCUCGCCUAUUCAAAGAAUUCCCAGAUAUGAACUUAUCAUUAAGCAAAUCGUUAAACAUACGUCAGUGGAACACUGUGAUUACGAAAAUCUUUUGCUAUCGCAGAAGCAUAUUCACGAAUUAGCAGCAGCAAUAAAUCGACAAAAAGAAGAUAGGGAUGAACGAGAACAACGUCUUCGAGAAAUCGAAGCCAUAGUUGAUGGUCUUGAUGAUUUAGUCUCUACGUCAAGAUCAUUUAAACGAUAUGACGUCGUUAAUAUAGCUGGUCCAUCUGGAUGGAAGCAACGUUGCCUCUUCUUAAUGUCUGAUCAAGUCAUCGUGACCAGUAUUAAAAAGAAAUCACCUUCAGGAAGAAAUAUACGUAAUAUAGCACAAUUCUUACAAUCAGCUGAUUUCUUGGAAGAUAAUCGGUUCAAAUUACUUGUUAAAAUAUCGCUUGAUGAUAUAGAAAUUAGAAAAGAAACUUUAUCACUUCUACGAUCAACCGAAGUUGAACUGCAAGACACCGUUGAAGACGAAAGUAUUAUCAACAAAAUGGUCGAACUAUCAAAAUUACUUAAAACAGAUUACCCCGAUUUAUCACUAUUGCUUAGUAAUAUUCGAACUACUACAAUGCAAAGAAAUCGAGCCCUUCAAGAGCAACUUUUAUCAGAUCCACAGUUAACGACAGUUGAAAUUGAAGUUACGACAAUAAGUGGUGUCGAAAAAUUAACUCUGCAUUUUCCGAAUGCAGAUAAACGAGCAAUAUGGGAGAAUGCUCUUAUUGAUGCUAAAAACAUUCUCAGGGAUUCUCUGGAACAUGAUCAAACACCAAUACAUUUGAAAUCAAUCAUAACACAUCGAGCUCGUUCUGGUCUUAUUUUCUCAGCUGCAUCACCAACAAUUGGCCGAAAUGCAGAUGGUGCACCAAACGUUUGGGCUUGUACAUCAGAUAAAUUUUCUGGCCAAAUUGUGAUCAUUAAUGUCAACGGCGAACCAACAAUUGAAAGCAAUACUAGUGUAGGGAAUGCAACAAUUGUAGCUAUUUGUGCUGUCCCAGCUCCAAGAAAGAAACGACGGAUUUCAGCAAAAAAAGUCGAUAGCACAGAAGUUGAACAACCUGGACUAGAAUUGGACAGCAGUUCAUCUGAUUCAGAACAAGAUAGCGAUUUUGAAGCCAUAAGAAAAAAUGUGCAAUCAACUAUUUGGAUUGGUAAUGACGAUGGAGAAAUUUUUGUAUUCAAUUUUUUGGAAAACAUUCGGUUAAAAUCUCGAGAAAGAAUGACUCGUCUAGCAUUACCCGUCGACGAUAUUGUUUAUUUGGAUGAGAAGGUAUUCGUAUCUUCUUCAUCGAGUUCGCAUACACAACUUAAUUAUUUUCAAAGAGCAAAAGAUGGAAUUUGGGAUCUCGAAAAUCCCAAAUUGGUUCGAAUCGAUUUACAUAUGCGCUUACGUCCAAUGAUUGUAGUUGUAUCACGACUAUGUGUCGCUUCUGGCAAUUCAAUUUAUUUCAUCAAUCCAACAAAUACUCAAAUUGAGAAAAGUUGUCAAUUAAGUAGCCAUGCAGCAGAAAGUGUUGGACAUAUGGCAUCGCUCGGCUCGACAAUAUUCGUAGCAAUGAAUAAAUCAGCAGUCAUCAAAGUUGUUAACGCUUUUACGCUCGAUAUUAUACUUGAAUUUACAAUUGCUAAUGUCGUCAAUAAAACGCUUUCAUAUUAUGAAGAUAUAAUCAGAAAACAUAAAAUGGGUUGCCUAAGGAUAUCAGCAUUGCUUUCCUGCAAAAAUCGUUUAUGGAUUGGCACUUCAGCUGGAAUUAUUCUCAGCACAAUUGUCGGAAAUAUAAAAAACAAUUGGACUCCAUCCUUUCACGUAUGUAAAGCUGGUCAUAUUGGUCCAUGUAGAUUUUUAACUGCUUUGUCUGCAUCAUCAUCAUCGAUCAUGUUAACAGAUAUGAGACGAAGACGAAUGUCUUUAAAUGCUCCGUCACUCCAACAACUUGACCAGAUUUACAUAAUUAGUGGCGGUGAAGGAUUUGACAACAUAAAUACAGAAAUUAGUGAAGAAAAAACAGGAAUCGACGAUUCAGUUAAUCAUUUAUUAUUUUGGAUUGUCUGA